AUGAGAAUGGGUGCACUACAUAGAAGACAAUUGAAUAAGGCCUUGGAAGUUAUCCGUGCUGCUUUCCCGGAAAAGUACGCUGACAAAAGUUUUGACAACACUGGGCUACUAAUUGACUGUAGUAGCAAUGAGGAAUCUCAUGCCAAUAAUGCUGUGAAGAUGUUGUUGACCGUUGAUUUGACAUCGAGGGUCGCAGAUGAAGCUGUCAAACAAGGUUGUAACUUAAUACUGGCAUACCACCCUUUCAUCUUCCCAAGCUGGAAUAGAUUGAACCCACAAACCAAUGUUCAACACGCAAGUGCUAUUAAACUAAUCCAGAACAACAUUUCUGUCUACUCACCACACACUGCUGUGGAUGCAGUUGAUGGUGGUGUUAAUGAUUGGCUAGUUGAGAGUUUAGUUCCAAAAACUGUCAACAUUACAACGAAGGAAUGUAUUGAGUCUACUGCAAACACAGCUCCACAUGACCCUAUCACUGGUUAUGGUCGUUAUUUCAAGUUGGACAAAGCAGUUACUUUACAAGAAGUUGUGGAUGUCCUGAAAAAGAACACAGGUCUAUCCCAUGUACAAAUAGCUUCUCUACCAUAUGAAAUUUCUGGUAACCUGCAUCAUGAAGUACAAACUGUUGCUGUUUGUGCUGGUAGUGGCUCGGGAGUAUUCCGUAACUUGAAAGAGACCCCCGAUCUUUACGUCACCGGAGAGUUAUCACACCACGAAGUAUUGAAGUACAAAGAAAUGGGUAAAGCGGUCAUCCUUUGUAACCACUCAAAUACAGAACGUGGCUACGUGAAGACCUCGAUGCUUCAACUGCUGAAAAGACACGACACAGCUGGCUUGUUGCAGGAUGUCCAAGUUAGUGAAACAGACAGAGAUCCUUUAAAUAUUGUUUGA